UGGAUAGACGUUUGUGGGUGAUCAGAUCGGAUUGAUUGAUUGAUUUUGAUUGUGUAUCGCUUCUCUCUCCGCUGUCGGAACAAGCCAAAAGCAAAGGAUAAAAAAAAACAAUGGAGUCCAGCAGAGGUCAAGGUGGGAUCCAGCAGUUGCUUGCUGCUGAACAGGAAGCUCAACACAUUGUCAAUGCUGCCAGGACCGCAAAGAUGGCAAGGCUGAAGCAGGCCAAGGAAGAGGCUGAGAAGGAGAUAGCUGAAUACAAAGCUAAAACAGAGCAAGACUUCCAGAGGAAACUUGAGGAGACAAGUGGAGACUCGGGUGCGAAUGUGAAGAGGCUGGAGCAGGAGACUGAUGCCAAAAUCGAACAGCUGAAGAAGGAAGCUUCCAGGAUCUCCAAUGAUGUUGUGGCGAUGCUCCUCAAACAUGUCACCACUGUCAAGAACUGAGAGAGAUUCGAUUCCAUUCCUAAUAAUCAAAAAGCCAUUUAUGAGUUUAUUUCUUUAUUUAUCUCAUUUCACGCGUGUGGUGUUGUUACUGGGAUUGAAUCUCAGAGACUCAAAUCUCAUAUGAAAUGUGUUUCUUGUAAUUUAUUCUCUACCUUCUUCUUCUUUUUCUUCUUGUUUGUUGUAUUCAUCAUUUCCUUUUGAGGAUUGUAAUAAAAUUGAGAGCUGGAUUAUCCUUUUUUUAUUUCUCUA